AUGCCUGCGAUUUUGCAGCGGAAGUCGCUCGACUACAUCGCUGACCAGUACGUCAAGUUCGGCGGCCCGCCAGCUGACGUCUCUCCGCCCUCGCCGCUCUCUGACAUGUGCUCCAGUUGCCCGCUCUACACCGCGGGGCGCGGCGACAUGGUGUCCUACAGCGGGGACCUCGUGUCCUGGCCUUCCGGCGGCUCGGCGCCCGUCGCGUUGGAGUCCGCGCUCUUGGAGGCUGGCCGUUUGUGGCUGCAGGACUGGAAGGCCCGCUUCAUUGCCGAGCUGCUGGCCCGCGGGAUGCCGCGCCUGUCGCCCGCCCGCGGCCGUCGCGGCCUCCUGGGAGUUUUCGUCGUCGCCAAGAGGUCAGGGCAGCAGCGGCUGGUCUUCGACACCCGCAUCAGCAACGCCCGCUUCAAGCCGCCCCCCUGCGCCGAGCUGCCCAGCGGCGGCGCGCGUGGAGACGCAGGGCAGCGGCGACGCCUCGCCGUCUUGCUGAUGGGCUGUUCCUGGGCCCUGCACCUCUGCCGGCGCGUCUCCGAGGCGUCGCUGGCUCGCGCGAGGAUCGCGCCCGAGCAGCAGGUCCGCGACCGCAGCCUUGGUGUCCGUCUCGGACCUCGACGCCCUGCCGCAGGCGCUGCCUACGUCGACAACUACCUGGUCUCAGGGCGUCAGCGCGCCGAGGUGCAGGCCGCGGCGGGCAAGGUUGAGCAGGAGCCCUCGUCGCUCGGGUUCGUGGUCCACGAGCAGGUCGACGCCACGCGGCAUGCGAGCUUCGUCGGCCUCGACCUGGACGGGCGCGAGCACGCGGCGCGGGUGUCGGCCAAACGGGUUUGGCGCUUGCGCUGCGCCAUCCAGGAGCUCCUGCUGCGGCCCUGGGCGCGCGGUGCCAUCGCCGUCGGGCACUGCAGGCCAUGCUCCUCAAGCGCUGCUCGCGCGCUUCGGGCUGCCGAUGCGGCGGCAGCGCUGCGCGACCCUGGGCGGCUGCCCUCGGACGAGGCCAAGAACUGGGACAAGUCUUUUGGCGAGGUCGACCCCAACUUGCUCGUGGGCGACGCCUGGGCGGCGUCUGGCUCUGGCAUCCUCAUGGCGCCUGUGCCGGCGGCGGCGGCAGCCCGUCAGCGCGAGGCCCUCUGGGGCUCCCCGAUGAUGGGCUUGACGUGCCUCGAGCAGCGGUCCGUCGGCAAGCUCCACCUGGACUGGAGCGAGCGGCAGCAGCUCGACUCGAUCGUGGUGGUGUAUUUCGAUUACCUCUACUUCCAGGGCCACAGCGGGGACGAUGCUUCUCGCCUCCUUGCCGCGCUGAAGUUCUUCCUGCCGCCGAUCGGGCGUUGGGGCGACCAGGUGCUCUGCCGUGCACCGCGCACCCUGGCGGGCUGGGGCAAGUGCGCCCCUCGGCGGAUGCGCAUGCCGCUGCCGUGUCUGCCGGUGGCAGCGCUGGCGGGGCAUGCCAUCGCCAUGAUCCUGAGCUUCGCCUGCUACCUGCGCCCGUCGGAAGCCGACCUCCUCACCGCGAUGCAGAUCGCCCCGCCCGUCGGGGCGGCCGCCGGGGGCUCGGGGCUCUCCGCGCUUCUGCUGCAUCCAGGCGAGCUGGGCCGCCCGGGGAAGACAGGCCCGUGGGACUUCACGAUCGUCCUCGACACCUUCGCGUUCUUUACCCCAGCUCUUCUGAGCCUCAAGCGGCGGGCGGGCUCGCCGACAGUUCGGCACCGGUCGUUCCCUCCAGGCUCACUGGGCACGUGCAUGAAGGAGGCCGUCUGCGCGCUGGGCCUGAACGACUUUCCAGCCCCAGCGCACGGCCUGCGCCACGGAGGAGCUUCCGACGACCUCCUCUCCAAGAGGCGCCAGGUUCUCGAGGUGCAGCAGCGGGGCGGUUGGGCCUCCGAUCGCAACUUCAAGCGGUGCGCCAAGCAGGCGCGCAUCAUCGCGGAGCUGCAGCGGCUGGGCCCAAGGAUCAUCGCCUGCGGCCAGGCGAUGGACGCCGCCCUCUCCGACAUUUUCCUGACGGGGCGCGCGGUGCCCGUGCCCAGCCUGACCUUGCGCGAGCAGUAG